UCAGCAUGGAAUGUUCGUCAAAUUUGUUUUGGUUCUUUAUUUUGGUAUUAAUCACAAAAGUAUACGCCGCGUUGGCCAGUCCGAUGCCAGCAAAAAUCGAAGUACAUAACAAGACGGCAGAUAAAAAUGAAAGUGGAAAGGCCAAAGUGAGCAAUUAUUUUCUGCACGAGCCGUACGGCCCCAAUACAUAUGCCUUUGGCUAUGAGGUUGAUGAUCCGCAGACGCAGAACUCCAAGUUCCGCGAAGAGAAACGCUUUGCAAAUGGUAGCAUUCAGGGAAGCUAUGGAUAUGCCAGGCCCGAUGGACGCGUAGAGGUCACCAAAUACAGAGCGGACGAGGAUGGGGGUUACUCCGCCCAGAUUCAGAUUUUUAAGGCAGGUGAUGAGAAGGUGAAGUCCGUUUGGCCCACCGAGAGACCCGAUAUCCUCGUGGAGAGAAGCAAAACGGAGUCACCUGCGAAUGUCACCUGGGAUCCCAAGAGUCAUCUCAACGUGAGCGUCUCCCAUGUGGCCGAUCAUGUGGCCCAGCAGCUGAAGGAGCAGCAUGGUCUCGACCUCAACCACAUCGACGUGACCAAGGAUGUGCUAAAGCCAGCGGUGCUCGAUGUGCUGCAGGGCAAGGCCCCCGCCAAGGGUCAGCCAGUUCAGAAUCUGAUACCCCAGCAAUUUCCCAUAGUUCCCUUUCAACUGCCAGCCGAUCAAGAAACCCCCAAGGCCACCACUGCAGAACCCCAGAAAAGCGAAAGCUCCAAAUACAACAGGGCCAAAACCAACAAUGCCGAGAAGGCUCCCCAAGUCGAGGAGACGGAGGCACUCUUACCGCCGCCCAGGCCACUGGUCAACAGCAGUCCAAGCAAUGCAAAUUGGCAACGGCGAGCCAUUGAGGCAAAUCGCCGUGAAUUCCUGGUCAAUUUACCCAACCUCAGUGAGGCCAGGCCAGAGUAA